CGAUCAUACUAGAUCUAAUGCUUCUAACAUUGAUUUUCAGACGAAACACAAUGAGAAAUAUGCCUUUCUGUAGCCGGGAGUGUGUCUCCUUCAUUAAGAUGCAGAGUUCAAAGAACAAACAAUCCAGCAGUAUUUGGACGUUCUAGUUUUGAAGCGUCAAGUUUGUAUAAAGCGUUACGGCGUCACUGAGUAAUCUAAUAACAAACUUAGUCUGCUUCGGGUUUUAAAUUUAUUUUUUAACAUCAGUGACUCAUUACAUAAUACUCAUAAUUUUGGAUAAUCCGUUGUACGCCGCAUUGCAGGAUAAUGUCUAAUAAAGGCAAAUCGCAAGAUGAGGCUCUCAAUAAUGAAAAUUCGAAGUCAACAAAUUCAUUCUAUCAUGAAGAGAAUUCUGUGAAAUUGGAUGGAAGUGCUCACGAUCUUUUACAAUUCCGAGAUUGUUGUGAAUCAUUACGCGAGUUCGUAAAAAAUACAUGGCAGCGUAAAAAAUCACAGGAGAAGAUUAAUGCUUCGCAGUUUGCCUUUCUGAUGAUAUCUAUCAAGGAGUUGAACAGAAGAACUCAGUUUAGGAUUCGAAAAUCUCGAGAAAUAACUGCAGAGAAUAAGAAUAAAGUGGAUCAGUUACACUUAGGUUUGCAGAAUCUUUUAUAUGAAGUCGCUCACCUUGAAAAUGAAAUUCAAACAUGUUUAGAAUUUAGGUCUCGACAUGAAGAUAUAAAAUUAAUUCCGGUAGAAGAGUUCUAUGAGAAAACUGGGCGCAAAGUUGGAAGCUUAUCAGAACAUCAGGAGACUUUGGAGCGUCUUCAUUGGGAGCUUGAACAACGAAAGGCUUUAUCUGACUCUUGUGAUAAACUAAAAAGUGCUGUUGAAUCUACUUCACAAACCAUUAAAAAGAAACGGAAUUAUUUAGCCAGUUUUGGUCCAAAGUUGAAGGAUGUUGCUGAAAGUACUUUAAUUAUCCAGGAACUAAUGGACUUACCAUUUACCAACGAGAAUGAACAGUAUAAUUUGGCGUUUCUUCUACCUUCACCACUGUAUAUUCUGUAUUCUCUCUUAAAGUCAUACAUAUCUAUGUCAGGAAAAAAAUCAGAAUUUUCUGUAUCAAUCGAAGGUGAUUCGGAAUUGGCCAAAGCUGUUAAUCAAACAACAGAACAAACGGAAUCCCAGUCUUCACCACAGGAAGCUGAUGAUUCUGAUGUAGAUGAUGGAGAGGGGAAUAAAAAACGCAAGAAGAAACGUUAUGCGACAGAAUGCAUCGAUGAUACAGAUAAAGAGUUUAUCAAUGAAAAGACUAUUAAAUUCCAUCCAUUAACUGUUUCGUUAACGGUUUCUGUCCCUAAAAAUUCAGAUAUACCAUUGAGUGAACGUGGUUUUAGUAUCAAAUUAUCAUUCGCUUGGAUGUUAGAUUUACAUCUGGUAACGGUGAGAUUACAGUUUUCAGCAGACAAAACUGCUUCACUUCCCCGAUCAAAAACUGGAAAUAGCUUGCUUAAUUCUGAACAGCUUUUGUCCAGUUUACAAUGGUCUUGUGACCAACUUCGUUUCGGUGGUUGUAGUUCAGAUAUACCUAUUUUAUUUCUUCCUAAUUCACAAAAAUCGAUUACAUGGAAUGCAUGCGAAUCCGUCGGACGACCAUAUUCGUGGGCUCAACAACUAUCAGGCAUUAACUGCUUUCCAGAUAGGUUAUCUGAUAAUAAAUUAUGUGAACAACCACCAAAAUCUACCGAUUCAGAACAUUUUGGGGAAAUUGAAUCUUGGUUAAAAUCUCUUCAAUCGCGAAUUAUUGACAGACUAUAUCUUAUUGAAGAGCUUUCAGAAAUUGAACGCUGCAACUUGUUGUUAUCACCCGAACAACAACAGUUAAUCCCCUCUGAUGUUGAACUUCACAUUAUUCGGUGGAAGAAUUCUGAUUUUGAAACUUUACAGUCCGUUCCUCGUGCUCAGGUUAUGAUAGCUUUAAAUGUAAUUCGUUCUGAAGACUCAGUAUUCCAGUGUCACAUUGGAAGAGAUGAAAACUAUUUUGUCACUGUAUGGGUCUGUAUCCCACCUCAGUAUCCACAUAAAGCGCCAUUACUAAUUAUGGACGGUUUAAUCAAUUUUGUCAGUCCCAGUGGUACACAUAAUACGGAGGAUGUUGUCACUGACUUAUCUGAUCUUCAUAUACAGGAAUUAGAAACUGAAGUCAACUGUUAUUGGCAAGAAUUUUUCACUUCAUCUAUAUAUCAAAAUAAUAGUCAUACGGUUGUAAACGAUGUUGGUAAUAUUAAUGAUAUUACUUCUAAUAAUAUUAUAAAUUCCGAUAAGUCGUUUUAUAAUGGUAAUCAGUAUGUCGGAUUAAGUAAAUGGAAUCGAAAUAUAUUAUCUUGUCAGUUAGCUAGAUGUGCUGCUUGUAUUGAUGCAUUAUGUCGUGAUCAAAUAGUUUGGAAAAAUUCGUUGAAAUCAACAAACAGUUCAUGCGUUCGUUCUGUUAGGUAUCCAACAAGAAGUCGUCCUCUUCGUUACUUACCUUCACCGGGUGCAUUUGUUCAUCGUUAAUAAUAUUUAUAGAUUGUUUUCCACUCAUCUCUUAUUGUUUGUAUAAGUGUACUUAAACGCUUCGGAUAUUUUUGUAAAUCUUUAUUAUUAUUACUUUUCUGUUAAAAGGAAUGUAAUUUUUCCUUAUUGUCUAGUUUUUUAAAAAAUUUAUAUAUGCUACAAUUUUUGUACUGAUAAACUCUAAACUGGAUAACAUUAUUGCAUUUUUAUAGUAAAUCUGAACUAAAUAUACAUUGGUUUGUAUAUAACAUUUUGAUGGAAAAUGAUUGACGUGUCAUUUGUUUUCAACAAUAUUGGAAAUGAAUGAAAAGUUUAAUUCCUACUAGGUGGUUUUUAAAUCAAUAAAUAUCCUUCCCUAAAUGCUUAAAUUCCUUAAUAACAUUUGCUAUUUCAGUUAACUAACUUUCUUUUUGUCAACCAAAUUAAGAAUUUUUCUGUAUAUGACCUUUGGAGGUAGAUCAAACUGUGAAUUUCAGUUUAUGUUAUAUGGAUUACUUUUUGUAUCAUUAUCAGUUGAUGGGUCGGUGAUGAAAUUCAUUUAGCUGAUUGUUUUUUUAAAAAAACCCUAAAUUCCAUCG